AUGGCCAGUGAUCCAUCUCAAUCCAGUGGCUCCCUAUCGUCACAUUCUUCAGAAGAGAGGGCAAAGGAUCCAACUCCAAAGCUUGUACAAGAGUAUAAUGACCUCAUCUCUACCCUUCCACCAGAGCAAGGCUGGCAACCAGUCUCCCUUCGAAAAUACAAAGGCUUUUGGAUUCCUGAUCAGGUCCAUCUCCGGGGCCUCUUGGCCAUCCAAGACCACUUCAAGCCUCGUCCCACCGAUCUCCUCCUGGCCACCUUGCCCAAGUCCGGCACCACCUGGCUCAAAGCACUCAUCUUCGCCACCAUGACUCGAAGCCAAUACUCCUUCGCUCACCACCCUCUCCUCAGCCUCAACCCGCACAACUGCGUCCACCUCUUGGAGGAGCUCUUCGCCAUCGGCCAAGCUUCCAAGGUCGAAGCCCUCCCUUCCCCUCGGCUCCUUAACACCCACAUGCCCUACUCUGUGCUACCGGACUCGAUCGGAGCAUCCGACUGCCGAAUUAUAUAUGUUUGCCGGGACCCCAAAGACAGGGUGGUCUCCGCGUGGCACUUCACCUCGUCGUGGCAUCGCAGCAAGAAGACGACGUGGGAGAUGAUGCCGACGACUGAAUCCCUGUCGUUCGCCACGGCCUGCGAAAUGGUUUGCUGA